CGCGUGCUUGCAGCAAUUAAAUUCAUCAACGCUCACUCACACCACCCGUCGCCAUGGCUUCUCUCCGCACCCAGAGCGCAAUGCGUGCCCUUCGUGCUGCCCCCUCCGCCCGAUUGGCCGUUUAUUCCGCCCCCCGACGAUACAACAGCUCCGUGACCAAGGCUGCCGCUGCCGACUCUCUCGUCGCUGAUCCCAACCAGCCCGACUACAGCAUUCACCCUGACAAGGCCAGCUCCACCUUUACUCCUGUCCCCAAGCGCAUCCAAGACGGCACCGAGAACAUCCACAGCGCCUCCAUUACUUCUGGCGCUCCUCUUGAGCUCCAGGCCCGAACUGUUCGCAUCUACAAGGAGUCGAAACCCGCCACACAAUCCGGCACCUGGAAGAGCCACCACUGGCGUAUGGACUGGGAUGUCCUCCCCAAGGGUCACCGCUGGGAAAACUCUCUGAUGGGCUGGCAAUCAUCCGGAGAUGUCAUGCAGGGCACUCACAUGAACUUCAAGUCCAAGGAAGACGCCAUCCACUUCGCCGAGAAGCAGGGCUACGAGUACUUUGUCCAGGAGCCCAACACCCGCAAGUUCACCCCCAAGGCCUAUGCCAACAACUUCUUGUACUCUGCCGGCAAGCUCAAGCAGGUUAGAACGAAAUAAUGGACGGAAAACCGGAGGCUGGCUGGCCAACUUGUAAAUAAUACCUAGAACCUUGAGUUUCAUUUGUCAACGCAGACCUCAAUUUUAAACAAUACAUUGCCACCAUUCAUACUAAACUUUGCACACAUGAAAUUCGUUGCUAACAGAAAAAUGAAUUUCUAUUUGUACUUGAAAGAAAAAUUAUCCCGUACGCCUACCAGACGCCGAGCUGUACUCUGUAGACCAAUAGGCCAUCCGAAACUGCAAUAACCGAAACGCCUUGCUUGCACGCUAACAAAGGAUCAAACUACUAAAAUUAAACGAGUCAUGUCGUAACCAUAGGCUCAUGCCCAUUUUCAGGGUGGAGGGUUCUACGAUUGCUGUUGGUCGACUCAGUACCUCGAAGGCCAAUAUCCAGAGUCACAGGCAACAGUGUACCCUGUUCCCGCGCAGUGUUUUCAGCCCAAGCACGCAAACGUACGAGAUGUCGGAUAGCGGCCUCCCUUCUAGUGGAUUGACGCUCUAGGAUAGCUCUGUUUACGUUAUUGGCAGCCUCACGGCGCAGGUCAGGGUCCAACAAGGCGGCCAGUUGAGGUUCCAACGUCUCUGGAGGAAAGAGUAAGAGAGCCAUUGUCUUUUCUAGAUCCUCCAGGAACUGGGGGCUUGUUGGCGCACGGGGCCCAAGCUGCUCAGUGGCGAACUUUAAGGCUGGGCUAAUGUCACCAUCAGCGGCGU